CCUAAUUUUUUACAGUCAUUCCAUUUCCAAGCAGAGUCUAGAGAAGGGUUAUUGAAGAUGGUGCAGAGGCUAACUUACCGUAAGCGCCAUAGCUAUGCCACGAAAUCGAACCAACACAGGGUUGUAAGAACUCCUGGAGGAAAGCUAGUUUAUCAAACUACAAAGAAGAGGGCUAGUGGUCCGAAAUGUCCUGUAACUGGGAAGAGGAUUCAAGGGAUUCCUCAUCUGAGACCUACAGAGUACAAGAGGUCAAGAUUGUCUAGAAACAGGAGGACUGUUAACCGAGCCUAUGGAGGUGUCUUAUCUGGCGGGGCUGUAAGAGAAAGGAUUGUCAGAGCAUUUUUGGUUGAAGAACAAAAAAUCGUAAAGAAAGUUCUGAAGAUUCAGAAGGCCAAAGAAAAAGUUGCAGCCAAGAACUAAAGUAGUGUUUAUGGACAAAUUUGAUUUAAACUUGUUUUCUUGAACAUCAUCAUUAUUAGGCCUGUUUGAACUUAUAUUUGUAUUGUUCUAUUAUUUGCAAACUAUAUGCUUUGAUUUUGAUUAAUUUCGAAAUCAUUGUGAUUUUGAUUACUUCAAUUCAGUGACUAAAUGUUUCAGAUUUGGGUUGAGAAAAGUUGAUACUU